AUGUCUGCCUCCCUCCCCGGAAACCGUGACCUUCCCGCCUCCCAGUACAACCUCAAUACCUACUGGGGCCGAGUACAGCAAUCCGCCGAAAUAGCGGAUCCCAGAACCCUCUUCGUCUCCUCUUCCGGUCUUGAGAAUGCAAAAAAACUCGUCUCCUCGUACAAGCAGGGCCAGGCAAACUCCAUGACCCCAGAGAUAUGGAGGGCCAAGAAGAUAGUCGACUCUACGCUGCACCCUGACACCGGACAGCCCGUCUUCCUCCCCUUCCGCAUGUCCUGCUUCGUCAUCUCCAACCUGAUAGUGACUGCUGGUAUGCUCACGCCUGGCCUCCAAACAACAGGCACUCUCCUUUGGCAAAUAACCAACCAAUCUCUCAACGUUGGCAUCAACAGCGCCAAUGCCAAUAAGUCCACUCCCCUCUCGACAUCUACAAUAGCAAAGUCGUACUUUUUCGCCGUCUCCGCUUCUUGCUCCGUAGCUCUUGGCCUCAACGCAAUCGUGCCCCGCCUCAAACGCCUAUCACCUGCGGCGAAGACCAGUCUGACCCGACUAGUGCCCUUUGCGGCUGUCGCUUCAGCUGGCGCCCUUAAUGUGUUCCUGAUGCGAGGGGAGGAAAUCCGCCAAGGAAUCGAUGUUUUCCCUACCUUGAGCGAGGAAGAGAAAGCGCAGAAAGAGAAGGAUGGCUCACAAGUGCGAAGUCUUGGCAAAAGCAAGAAAGCUGCUACACUGGCGGUUGGAGAGACAGCUCUGAGCAGAGUGCUCAACUCCACGCCCAUCAUGGUGCUGCCGCCUUUGAUCUUGGUACGGUUACAGCAGACAGAAUGGCUGAAGCGGAGACCGAAGAUGACGCUGCCUGUGAAUCUAGGCCUGAUCUUCACAACUUCCAUCUUUGCCCUCCCUCUCGCUUUGGCCGCUUUUCCCCAAAGACAGGCAGUUUCGGCGAAGUCUCUGGAAGAGCAGUUCUGGGAAAAAGGUGGCAAAGAUGGGAAGGUGGAAUUCAAUCGAGGAAUAUAG